AUGUCUACCUCCACUCGCCGAAACGGCGUCACCUCGAGCUCUUGUGAGCCUGUUCCUGACGCGGGUAACUUGCGUCGCCCAUACAACCUCCGUAUCCGCCGCCCUUCCACAUCUCAGUUUUCCACCGCAAAUCCUCCUGUGGAAACAGCUAUUCGAAAGCCUAGCACCUCUCUCAGUCGGAACCCGGCACGAUCCGUCAAGGCGAGGUCCUCAGUGCGGACAAGUGCCAUGCCAGGGCCGACGCGUUCCAAUAAACGUCGCCACUCCCCGAUUGAGUUGGAGGAAGAACGCUCGCCGAAGCGACUUCGCCAUAUCGACGAUGUCAAGUCAAGGCCGACCACACGUUCCAGCCAGCGUCGCCACGCUGCGAUUGAGCCAGAGGAAGAACUCCCGAAGCGACUACGCCAUAUCGACGAGAUCAUGUCAAGGUCGACUACGCGCUCCAACAAGCGUCGCCGCUCCCCGGUUGAACCGGAGGAAGAAAGCCCGUCGAAGAAACGGCGGCACAACGACGUGACCGUUGCGUCGUGUCAUCGGUCGAAGGCGAUAAUGGGAUCCGCCCAUGCGUUCGUCGACGUGAAGAUCGUGCGACGCAAAGCGAAGGGUGUAGAUCAGAUUGUGGUGAAGACAGAGAAGGCGGUUGCACGAGCGAUGAGCUCCGUUAGGAAUGUGCUUGCGAAUAUCGCAGUAAUGGAAGCACCGCGUGUGGAGACUCCACCCCAGAGUCCCGUUCAGCAACGGAAAAGACGAGGGAAGAAGGGCAGAGCAAAGCGAAACCCUCAGCCAGAACAACCUGCCCCCCCUCGGGACGAUCCUACGGACGUGCUGCUGCAAGAUCCGUCUGCCGAACUCGAAUCUAUCAUCACCUUGGCGAAGCAAAUCGGUGCCAGAAUUUCGAGCGUGCUCGCCGCGAGUCCGACCGAGGACCUGCGACCGCUCUACGCCGAGUUCGACGCGCUCCAAACAAAACAUCCCAUCCCUCACAUUUGUCCACGAACCGCAUCGCAACAGAAGCGUGCAGAUAUAGCCCGGAAAUUUCCUCACCCUAGACCCCGACUUGGGGUUGAUGCGCAAGGAAUUCCGUUCGAAGACUGGGGUGAUCGCCCUCGCCCCCGCGACAACCGCGAUUUGAGAGUAGUUGCGGCGCUCAAGGAGCGCGUCCUAAGGAAUCUCCUCCCGGUGCCGCUGGUGCCGCACGAUCGCGUAGACUACGCCGGAGCGUUCAUUGUGCCUGCGCCUAUACGCCCUCGACGUCCCCGAAGACACAAGAAGCAGUUCACUGUCCAGUUUCAUCAUAUACCCAAAAGCAUCUUCUACGUUUUAGAGGCAUGGAACAUAGAAAGAGGACGUUGCUCCGACUGCUUCGUCAGGGCUGUGCGGUUUCUCCCGCCGUGGGUUUUGGAACUCCACAAACAAGCAGGGGAGGAGGAGGGUAAUCCUACUUUCCUCAAUGAGCUUCAGGACGAGUUCGCCGAAUGGGAUGAGGAGCGAAGGCAGUGGCGUCAUUUGGUCAUGGAUCACUACCGCUGGAUUCCGGUAGAGGAGUUAGAGGUACGGCCCAGGGAUGACAGAGUUGACCCCGCUAUCAUCAACGGCACUGUCGCAGCACUUGUCCCUGACGUGUACAAAUUUCGUUACGAUUCAAUGCUUCCAUAA